AUGUCUGCCAAAAAGCGUACACUAGAACUUGGAAAUGUCCUGGUAGUGGGAGGAUGCGGGUUCCUGGGAUGGCAUAUUGUCGACCACCUUCUAAACUUCCCCUCCGAGUCCGAUGCCAGCGUCGCACUGCCAAAGCCCCAGGACGAUGCGCGAUUCGAUUUCCCAACUUUGGGCUCUCGCUACCCAGACUACAAGGCCAAGGUGUCCGUCGUGGAUCUGCGCACGACCAACAACCGCUUGCCGGGUGCGACCUACUACGACGGUGACAUUACUUCCGUGGAGUCCAUGAUGGAGGUCUUCAGCGCCGUCAAGCCUGACCUGGUCAUCCACACUGCGACUCCGUCUGUUCUCGAGGGUAACAAGCCGCUACUGUACAAGGUCAAUGUCGAGGGAACCCGCACCCUUCUCCAGGUUGCUGGUGGUGAACAUGGCGACUGGGGAGGCAAGUGCAAGGCAUUCGUCUACACCAGCUCCAGCUCAGUCGUGCACGACACCCAGAGCGAUCUGAUCAAUGUCGACGAGCGUUGGCCUUUGAUCCGCGGCAAGUUGCAGCAGGAGUACUAUUCCGAGACCAAGGCCGACGCUGAAGAAAUCGUCCUCAAGUACAACCGCCAGUCACCCACAAACAUGGUCACCUGCGCCGUGCGCCCCGCCGGAAUCCACGGCGAAAAGGACACGACCGUAACCCACAAGAUCCUCGAGCAUGGCGCCAACGCGUCAAACACAGUCUUGAAGUUGCAACUUGGCACGAACGACAACCUGUUCGACUUCACAUAUGUCGGCAACGUGGCGUACGCGCACAUGCUCGCCGGAGCGCGUCUACUCGCCACGUAUGACCGCUACCAAAGCAACCAGGGCGGGCCCCUGGAUCACGAACGCGUGGACGGUGAAGCCUUCAACAUCACUAAUGACUCGCCCCUGUACUUCUGGGAUGUGACGCGGGCCAUGUGGGCGCUCAUCGACCGGGUGGUUGAGCCGCAAGAUGUGUGGUCCCUUCCAGAGGGCCUGAUGCUGUCCAUUGGUGGAUUGGCAGAGUCCGUUCUGAGCCUGUUUGGAAAGACUCCUCGUCUGACGCGCCGCACUGUGCGAUACUCCUGCAUGACUCGUUACUACUCUAUCGAUAAGGCCCGUUUGCGUCUUGCUUACCUGCCGGUGGUUCCGGUGGAUGAGGGAAAUUGCACGCGCCGUUGGUUAUGUUGUUGA